AUUGUUUACUGUGUACUGUAUUGUUGUCUGCGUUGCCUCGGAUACUCAGGGGAAGUUUGUAAAUCGUUCGUUAGAAAGAAAUCGACUAUGGCGGUCUUACGAUUAGCUUUGUGCGUUUUUCUGUUGUUUGGUGCUUCGUGUGGCUUCAAAUUCGCAGACCGUGGAUGGAGAGACAAGCCCCAUGAAGGCAGGUACACGAAAGGAAUCGGUGAUUACGAUCUGCUGGUGCCGGUGAGAGUCGAUCCUGAAGGUUCCUUCGUCUCGCACUCUCUCCCGAGUUUCUUCCAGCAGGACGUAAGAAGGCGGAAGCGGGAGGCACGUGCGGAUUCCGAAAGAGUGCAUUAUGGGAUUAAUCUGGACGGACAGGACCACGUGGUGGAGCUGUGGCCGAACCACGGUCUGAUCUCGCCAGGAUUCGUUGUGGAGACUCGGCAGUCAGGGUCUGCGAGUGAUCUCAACAAGCUCAAGAUCCGAUCUGUGAACGAUUCGCAGUGCCAUUACACCGGGAGGAUCAAGGGACAACCAGAGUCACGGGUGGCGCUCUCUACUUGCGACGGAAUCGUCGGUCACAUCAGGACCAAAAGGGAUGUUUACCUCAUCGAACCCGUUGAAGGUCAUGAACCCGAAGUCAAUGGUCAACAUUUACAUCUUGUUUACAAGAGAUCCGCCAGUCACGAUCGCAAAGGAAAGUGUGGUACAAGAAACGACUGGGAAACCGCGUGGGCAAAUCGUUUAAAAAACGAGUACAACCAAAAAAAAGACAAUGCCCGUAAACGUUCCGUCUCGGAUGAUACGCGAAUGGGUUUUAAUAGAAAGAGAUCUGCAGAGGACCAAACCAAGUUCAUCGAAGUGAUGCUUGUAGCUGACAAGAAAUUCCUUGAGGUCCGGAAAGACAUCGACUACGAGCAAUAUCUCUUGACAACUGUGAACAUGGCUUCUGAUAUUUUGCAUGACGAGACUGUGGGACAGACAAUGGAUUUGGUGUUGGUUCGAUUAAUGUAUCUGGAGAAAGAAGAUGAAGAGGUUGAUCUUACAAUCAACAUAGACGCUGACGCUACUCUAACAAGUUUCUGUAAAUGGAGCACAAGGAUGAAUCCUGUGCUGACGCAUCCAAAUCAUCAUGACAUAUCUGUCCUUGUUACGAAGCAUGACAUAUGCUUAGGACCGGAUGGCUGCGGAACUUCGGGUCUCGCUGAUAUCGCAGGCGCCUGCGCUCGGAACCAAUCUUGUGCUAUCUGCGAAGAUAAAGGCUUAGUUGUUGGUACCAUCAGUGCCCAUGAAAUAGUCCACUUCAUUAUAACUCUGUGUGGGUCUUAUCUUGUUCAUCGAGUUUUUUCCAUUCUGGUGGUAUGCCCUAUGAAUAUGCCUGUCUAUCCGCCUUGUUUACGUCUGUGCAUUGCGGUGUGUUACAGGUUGGGCGCUGACCACGACUCUGAGGAUGAGAACGCCCCACCGGGAGAAUGCCCGGGAAUAGUAGAAGGUUACAAUAUCCAUGUUAUGUCACCGUAUUCUCAGGUUUCGCCUGCGAGUUGGUCAACUUGCAGCAAGAAAUUCAUAGCAGAAUUUUUUGAGAACGACCUCGGCAAGUGUUUUUUAGACGAACCUCAAGAACACAACUUCAAAUUUCCUGAAAUGCUUCCUGGCGUUUUGUAUGACCGUGAGUGGCAGUGUAUCGACAAUUUUGGACCUAUGGAGCCUUGCGACCACGGCCCGGAUAAAAACUGCAAGUACCUGACGUGCAGGACCGCCGGUGCCCAGGAGUGUACUUUUAUCGGCCCACCAGCCGAUGGAACCAGCUGCGGCGAUAACAAGUGGUGCUUUGGGGGCAAAUGCGUUGUUGUCGGCGUGAGGCCGAACGCCGUUAAUGGCCAGUGGGGAGAGUGGCUUUCAUGGUCCGAGUGUUCACGAACAUGCGGUGGUGGAGUAUCUGUUAGUGAACGCCAAUGUGACAACCCCAGACCUGCUAACCAUGGGCGGUAUUGUCUUGGGAAACGUCGCCGGUACAAAAUAUGUAAUACCGAGCCUUGCGACGAUAACUCGUCUUUCCGAGCAGAGCAAUGUGAAGCCUACAACACAGAUGACAUCAAGUGGACUCCUUUUAAUGAUGAAACACCCGAAAGUGUGUGUGCGUUGGUGUGUUCAAACAACAAACACGAAUACAGGACUUUGAAGCCUAGAGUUAAGGAUGGAACUCCAUGCAAGAUAGGCUCCAGGGACAAAUGCAUAGCUGGAAAAUGUCGGAACGUUGGCUGUGACUGGGUCCUCGACUCUGAAGCCGUGGAAGACGUUUGCGGAGUAUGCGAUGGCGACGCGUCCACGUGCGAUUUCGUUGACGAAGUGAAUAGUGAAAGCGGAGAAGAUUAUCAGGAAAUCACUACUAUACCGGCCGGUGCCAGACACGUUUCGGUAGAGGAGGUGACGGCGAGUCGGAACCUCUUGGCUCUCUCGGCAGCAGACAGGAAGACUUUCUUCCUCAAUGGCGAUUACACUGUUGAAGAAGAUGGAGUUAAGAGAAUUCCAGGAUCGAUCGUCCUGUAUAAUAACGUGGAUCCACAACGUGAAACUUUGUACAUCGAAGGUCCCACCAAAGAAGAUCUCAUUCUAUACAUUCUGAACAAUAAAGACCCUAACCCAGGAAUACACUACAAAUAUUCGAUUCCUUCGACUUCAGCGUACGAUCCGAAAUUUGUCUGGGAUCUUGUAGACUGGGGUCCAUGCAGCGCUUUCUGCGGAGGAGGAACGCAGUUGUCUCAACCGAGCUGUUUUGAAGAAAAGAGAGGAAAAGUAUCCAAGAUGCACUGCAAAGAUAUUCCGAAACCGACGGCGAACACCAGGUCGUGCAACACGCAAAGCUGUAAAGUCAGAUGGCGCGUCGGUGAAUGGGGUAGGUGCAGUGGCUGCAUUGGCAGGCCGGGUCACAAAUACCGGGUUGUGGACUGCGUCAAGCAGUCCCCGUUCGAAGACAGCGAAGAUAUGAUUGAGCCGAGCGAAUGCGAAGGACAGAAGCCUUCAAACAAGGAAUUGUGCAGUAGCAACAAACCUUGUGCCGUAAACUAUCGGAAACGCCACACGUCUCUUCAGAGAGACGCGUCGGAGAGCGGCGACGAGAACGGGAUAUUGAUUAUCGAUAAACCAAAUCCUGACAGGUUCAAGGUGGUCGAAGUACCGAAGAAUCAGGGUGUAAAUAACUUGAAUCUCUCGGACGAAGCUCUCGAGGCCUUGGGUGAUCAAGUGGCGAGCAACAUGGACGCAACAAAAACUGGAGAGGAGGCACAUAAGAGGCUAAAAGAGGGCAAGGAACAGAUUGAAGUGGAAGACGGGGAAGAAGAUGAUAUUUUAAAUUUGUAUUAGAUUAAAUCUCGAAGCACAUCACAAAUGAAAGUGAGGUUUUAAGGCGCCGAGGAAGAAAGGUGGUCAUCUUCUGGGUUGCAGCGUCACGCUUUCUGGUAGACGUUUACCGGUUCAGCGGCCCAUGCUGCCUCCAACAUCAGGGUUAUGAGUGUAGGAGGAAGCAACAACGUCUGAAAUGCUAGUGAACUUCUACCGAGUACUCGUUGCUACAACCCAGAAGACAGCCGUCUUGUUAAAAACUUUCAUUUGUGAAAAAUUCUGUGCUUUAUACGACAGGCUGAUGUAUUUAUAAAUUUUAUUAAAACUCUUUUCUAAAAUCCUCA